AUGACGUUUGCCGCGCGCGAAUCUCCUGCAUGGCUCAUUCGCAGUCGAGGGCUCGAGUCGCUCUCAAUCAUCAUGAACACCGCGAUCAUCGCCCUUUCCCUAAUCGGGAUUGUCAAUGGAUUAGGCGGCAAGCCGUUCAUGGUUCAUCGCAAGGAUAUGACCGGCAAGAAUUACGCGGUGCUCGCGCUUUGCGACGAUUUCUCAUUGAAAGGACACCAAAUCAAUGUGACGCUUCGCCUUCGCAACGACGUCGCCGAAGAUCUUGAGGUGAUCGCGUUCCGCAACUCGAAGGAGCCGAUUGAAGUUGAGAAUCACCUCGGAGCCAAUAUCACCGAGGUGCUGCUCACCGCCGAGGAAUCGCCGACGCCGUACAACAUAAGAAAGGUCUCGUUGAGAAUUGGCGACACAUUAUACAAGCUUCAUUUGAACCCGCAGUGUGACGAUGAAGAGGAAUUCUUGACGUCAACGAAUCAGCAAACGUUUUGGAGUCGUCGAAUUGACUGCGAAAGAAAGGACGUCUACUGCGAUGAUCGUCACGACGAGUUCAUUGGCUGCGAGAACAUGUUCGUCUAUCAUUUGUCGUGGAAGAAGGGUGCCACGGGACGAGCGCCAAAACUCUAA